AUGAAGAGUUCGAAUAUCUACGAGAGGUUUUCUCAAACGUUUCGUCAACAUCCUUCUCUCUCGAGAUUUCUCGUGGUUUUCGCCGUCAGUGGUGGAGGUCUUGUGGCUUAUUCAGAGGGAAACAUAUUAAGUAGUAGUCCAAAGAUUGAUGAAUUACCCGAGGCAGGUAACAAGAAAAAGAGGGUAGUGGUACUUGGAACUGGUUGGGCUGGAACAAGUUUCUUGAAAAAUUUGAAGAAUUCUUCAUACGAUGUCCAAGUGGUUUCACCUAGAAAUUACUUUGCUUUCACACCCUUACUACCAAGUGUCACAGUUGGCACUGUGGAAGCUAGAAGCGUUGUGGAACCCAUUCGCAACAUUGUCAAAAAGAAGAAUGUAAAUGUUAAUUUCUUGGAAGCUGAAUGUUACAAGAUUGAUGCAAAAAACAAGAAAGUAUAUUGUCGUUCAACUCAAGAUGAGAAAGAAGAAUUCAUUGUUGAUUAUGAUUACCUUGUUGUUGCCAUGGGAGCACGUGUUAAUACCUUCAACACUCCUGGUGUAGAAGAAAACUGCCUCUACUUAAAGGAAGUUGAAGAUGCUCUGAAGAUCCGGAGGAGUGUAAUCGAUUGCUUUGAAAAAGCAAGCCUACCAAACGUAAGUGAAGAUGAGAGAAAAAGGAUGCUUCAGUUUGUUGUUGUUGGUGGUGGGCCCACCGGUGUUGAGUUUGCAGCUGAGCUUCAUGAUUUUGUGUCCGAGGAUUUGGUGAGAUUGUAUCCAGCUGUUAAAGAUUUCGUCAAAAUAUCGCUUCUUGAAGCAACCGACCAUAUUCUCAACAUGUUUGACAAAAGAAUUACAGCUUUCGCAGAAGAAAAGUUUCAUAGAGAUGGUAUCGAUUUGAGAACAGGAUCAAUGGUGGUGAAGGUGACAGAUAAAGAAAUUUCAACAAAAGAAAUCAAAACUGGAAAAAUCUCUUCCAUACCCUACGGGAUGGCUGUCUGGUCAACAGGUAUUGCAACUCGCCCUGUUGUCAUGGAUUUCAUGAAGCAAAUCGGUCAGGCAAAUCGACGUGUAUUAGCAACUGAUGAAUGGCUUAGAGUUGAAGGAACCAACAGCAUAUAUGCUCUAGGCGAUUGUGCCACAAUCAACCAACGCAAAGUCAUGGAGGAUAUUUCGUCUAUAUUUAAAAAGGCUGACAAGGACAACUCUGGAACCCUUACAGUUAAAGAAUUUCAAGAAGCCCUUGAUGACAUCUGUGACAGGUAUCCUCAAGUGCAACUUUAUCUAAAGAACAAGAAAAUGAGCAAUCUUGUUGAUUUACUAAAGGAAUCCAAGGGCGAUGUUGCAAAAGAAUCAAUUGCACUCAAUGUUGAAGAAUUUAAAUCCGCUCUAUCUCAAGUUGAUUCUCAAAUGAAGAAUCUUCCCGCAACCGCCCAGGUUGCAGCUCAGCAAGGGUCAUACCUUGCGGAUUGCUUUAACCGCAUGGACGAGUGCGAGAAACAUCCGGAAGGUCCUCUCCGUUUCCGAGAGUCGGGACGCCAUCGGUUUCGUCCGUUCAGAUACAAGCACCUUGGCCAAUUUGCUCCAUUAGGAGGAGAACAAACAGCAGCGCAACUCCCUGGGGAUUGGGUUUCCAUUGGCCACAGCACUCAGUGGCUCUGGUAUUCUGUCUAUGCAAGCAAGCAAGUGAGUUGGCGUACAAGGUCGCUAGUGGUGUCCGAUUGGAUGAGACGCUUCAUAUUCGGCCGAGACUCAAGUCAAAUAUAAUACCAUACCAAACACAUCGUAGAGUUCUUCCAAUUUUGUACGCCGAUUUAUUAUUAUUAUUUUUUUUGUUUACAGAAAAUCAUAAUUCUUCUUCAUCUAUUGUUACCUUUUUGCUUUUUUUUUGGUUAAAUAAUGGAAACAAUGUUUUCCUGGCAUACACUUAUUUUCUUUUUACCUGAGAUGUUUUAUUCCAAAUACAAUUAUACAAAUAACUACCUUUGUUAUGCUUACAUGCUAUUGUCGCUUGUACUUGUUGUUUAUUGACUUGUAAUGUUUUGACCAAGUCAAAGUGGAGUGAAGAUUGCAUGUUUUAUCAUGUGGCGUAAUAAUAUUCGGCCAUAACUGAUUAAUUUUCAUCAAAUUCAAAACAUAACUAAUAAAUAGUUUAAUUAAUAUAAGAGCCCAAGUAAAAAAAAUGUAGAAAGAAUAUUAGUUGAUUUUGGUAACUAUUAUUUCUUAGUUAAAAAGUUGUAUUAAAAUUUAUUUUUAUUUAUGUGAUUUUUAAGUAAUA